CUAUAAGCCGGGGCGCAGGUGAUCGAACAGUCGUCCAAAGAAAGUGGCCAUACUGCACACACACAGCGGUGUAAGAGCACGUGACAGUACCCACUUGAUAUGUGCUCACUUGCCAGCGCCAGGUAUGCAAAGGCCCACGACAAUGUUGAAAGGCGUCCAGAGCACCAGCAUCCAGAGGCCCAUGUUGUCAUAUGCCUCCAGCGCCCCCACCAUCGACAGGCACCAGCGGACGAUAACAUUCGCAACAAGAUGUGGAGCGGCAGCCAAGGCGAGAAGAGCGAUAGCCGAGAAGAAACCUGCGAGCGCGUCUGUAAAGAGUCGAAGCUCCUCCGCCACCUUUCCAAUCGCCGGCCGCUUCCACACACUCACCGCCACCAGCAGGGCAACCACGAAAUGCGGCGGGAUCAAUGACGGGCCGAUCUUGCCCAGAAUCACCUCCCAAAACACAAUGUGCGUCAGAGACCAAAUGGCUAUCAGUAUGUAGUAAGCCCCCUCCCGCACAUACAGCGACUCCAUGGCCACAAUCGAUCCACCAGCAGCAGCAGCAUCAGAACCACGUCGGUGCCGCAACCGCAAUAGCGCCUCUCGUGUGGCCUGAUGCACCUUGGCGCCCUUGAUAAGGCAGUAGAGCAGGAACACAUGAGACGCCACGAACAAAGGACAAUAAAACAACCCCACUUUGGCGAGGGAAAACGCCCCAUCGUCGCAUGUGGCCAAGUGCGCAGCUAAUAUGUCAUCCACUUCGGUCCAGCUGUGGCUGCCGAGCACUCGUAGCGCCCCAGCAGCCGUCGCAAUAAGCGCGAUAGCCAUCCGCAGACGACACCGAAGCGAAGAGCUGCCCCCAUGCAGUCGCCCCGCCAGCCAGUCGAAGGCGGCGAGAGUGAGGCCGAUCACGAUGGCCGUCGGGAUCACGAAAUGGAGAGGGAGAGCUCUGGCGAGUAUGUUGCUCCUGUCGCAGCUACAGAUGGUUCCCAGCAGCAGCGGCAGACAGGCCAGCAGACUGUAGGCGAGAGCGAAGAGGGCGUCGGGGAUGAGGCCGACAGGCAGACAGAACGGGCCACGCGGCCCGACGUCAUAAAGGCUGAAGAACCAGACACAAAGCGAUAGGCAACACACAUCCAUGAGCAAGCCCCUCUCUCCUCUAGGUCGGUGUAUCGGUGUGGUGUGUGCAUACUGUCGACACAGGUCACAAGUCGACUUCACCCUGCCUGAAGCACACAUGUGCCGUGCCAUGAGCCUCAUGUGACAAUGAAACCACCCCGCCCUCCUCCCAUCCCUUCUCAUCUCUCAGUGCCCACCUGAUCCGCUGCUCGGCUGUCGCCAUUCUUUGAGGCACGCUUUGUGCACCCAU